AUGGAGAUCGCGGAGGCCACGGAGACCCCAGGCGGCCAGCGCGCGCGCUGCCGCCUCCAGCUGCCAGCCGCUACCGAACGCCACACGCGGCGCGGGGGCGCGGACUCCGGGUACCGCGUCUCUGUCCCGCCCUGCGCCUCCCCCGCUCCAUCCCUCCCGCCUGCGCCUCCCCAGCUCCACCCCUCUGCUCUCUCACCCCCGCACCCUCUAGGCUCUCGCUCAGAUGCGGUCGGUUCUCCCGGGUCGGGGCUCACUGCUCCUCUGCGCGCCUUCCGCUGCCCACCUCGCAGAUCCGCAGGCUUCUGGAGACCGUGGGUGGAAGACAGUGGCGAGGAGGAAGAGGCGCCGCACCACGCCGCGGAGGCGAUGCCAGAUGGCCCCGGAAUAACGGACGCCUCAGAAAAGCUUUCCCGAUACAGACACCCAGUCAGACUAUUUUGGCCAAAAUCAAAGUGUUACGAUUACUUAUAUCAAGAAGCAGAAGUCCUUCUGAAAAAAUUUCCAAUUCAAGCCACAAUUUCAUUUUAUGAAGAUUCUGAUAGCGAAGAAGAAAUUGAGGAGCUGAUCUGUGAAAAUUAAUCUGAUUACUUUUGAUGACAUUCAAAGCUUGUAGGUACAAAUUAGAUUAGUGUACAAAUGUAUCAUAAUCCUUUUAAAUUAACUUAUUUGUAUAUAAAUUAUUAAUAAAAUGAACUAUUUAGUAA